UAAGUUUAGUUAGUUAUUUUCCUAUUUCAUACCUAUAUUUUCUGUUUUUAUUAAAUGCUGCGCAGCUUUAAACGCGUGGAUGAUUUAUUUUUUUUAUGUAUAUUUUUUUAGCUUUGUACCUGUGUGUACACUAUUUAUUUUUCGUUAUUUUAGAAUUCGUUAGAUUAUAUUUCUUUUACCAUUUUGAGCUAAGAUUAGUUAGUUAUUUAUGGCGUCAAAAUGGGGUCAAAAGUUUUGAGAACCAAAAGUGUAAUCCAUAACCAAUAAAUUUUAAUUUGAAAACGAGAGGACUAUUAUUGAUAUCAAGAAUUUUAAAAUCAGGUUUGUAGACAGAAUAUUUAAUAUUGAAUAGAUAUUAUUAAUUAAUUAAUAUUUUGUGUUUUACCUUCAUAAGAAAUCCGUUUUCGCUUUCAGUUGUUUUUUUCUCAGUUACGCUUCUCUCGCUCGCUUUCAACUUGAAAAGUUUCUCUCUAUUAGUUUUGACCCUGUUUUUACGGAUGGGCGGGGACUAGUCGGUCAUUGGCUGCUGGAAAUUAACCCCGCCCAUUAAGGUCAUUCCAACUCGCUGUCAUCCUCAAAAAAACCCGCGACUUAUGGCUCGUGGAAAAUGGCGAACCAGCAAGCAGAAGUAAGUUAAGUUGUCUGUUUCUGAUUUUUCAGCUAAUUUAACGAUCAUGUCUUUUAACGUUACACUAUAGGUAGUUUUAUAGGAGUGUAACAGUACACGUAUUCGUCCCAAACUGUCACAGUGCUGUAGAUCACAGGCGAGCUGCAGCCUGAAAACUGGACACCGCUGGAGCUCUUCAGCCGCUUUUCCACUGCAGGGACAACUGGUUAUGAACGCCUUGCCGCCGCGGUGUUCCUGGCUGGUUCUGACCCGUUAGCUUAACAAUGCCAGCAGCGCCCAGGUCGUAUAGCGACGCUAAGGACGCAGUAGCAUUGCCCGGACUGGCUUGGCUCGGCUAGCCUUUAGCGGCUCUGUGCCCCGGGUACGGGGAGCUAACCCUGCAGAUCCAGUUCGGGUUGUAAGCGGCCCGUGUGAAAAAGCCACCUGAACAGUUCCUCUCUGUGCUCAGAACCGCUCGGCCAAGGGGCUUCAGUGUUUGGGCUGCAAUACAACGUCUUUAAGUUCCAUUGUUACUAGCUAUAAAGUUACUGAAGCUGAGGCUUUGCAGAAUGCCAGUUAUCCCUACCUACUAAUAAAGCUGUUUUUUGGGGGAGAGGAUUUGGCUUAAGAAUUAUUUUAAAUAUAGAAUAUAUAAAACUUAUUACAGAGCUUUAUUUUGCAUACAGAUUUGUAUUUUACAAUAAUAAACAUAAGAGCUUUAUAUAACGGUACAUGGAGCAUUCUGUUCAAAACAAAGUAACAUGCCCCCCCCCUCCCUUCUUCAACCUACCGUACCGAAAUUGUACCGAACAAUGGGGUUUAUAGUGAACCAAACUAAAUUUGUGUGAAUGUGAUUUUAAACUUAAGCCUACAAAAGUAAUAAAUGCAGAUUAAAAUGAUAGCUUACACAGUGGAGACAUGGAGGGUAGCACAGAUUGUUAAAUGUAUGUUAUGUACUGUACAUAUAGUAUGGCCUGACCCAAAAAUGUUUAUAUGUGUAAAUGCUUAAUAACUGUCUUUGAUGUUCACCAGAAUGGAUAUUCUGAAGUAUUAUCAGCAGUGCAGACCCUGGUGUCUGCACUUCAGCAAAAUUUACAGCAAGAACCACAACUAAUGAAUCAGGGACAGAGCCCAGUUGUACAGGGACAGAGUACAGGUGUACAGUGAGAAAUGAGCAGGUUCUGUGUAUUAAAAGUCCUUAAAUUGUGAAUGCUUGACUACAUACAGUUUAUGUCCUAUUUCUUUUUGUAUAUACGUUUUUAGUAUGCCUAAUUAAUUAUUAUUUCUCUUUAGGUCAUUUCCAGCUCUCUUCCAGAAGCAGAGAGUAGCUGGCAAGCGGCGGUUUCCACUUGCCUCAAAAGUUUGCAAGAUCACAAAGUUCUCUAAACCCUUUUCUUGUAACUUCUGUUUGCUGCAUGAAAAGUCAGACAACACCCCAUCUCCCUCAGAGGAGUUGGAACUAUUCCAGGCUGGAUUGGGCAGAAGAAGCAUUGCUAUUUCAGAAGGCAUGAGCUAUUCAGAGCUACAAAGUCUCUUGUGUGAAGCAUUUCCAAAAUUAGGGGCUUUAACAGGAGGAUGGCUGCUUCAGAAAGCUUUAGGUGGAAAUGGAAAAAGGUGUUUAACACUCGUUCCUCCGGAUUGUGAGGGUUACACAGGGGCCCAAAUAAAGACAGUGACAUUGUCUGGGAAAACAACCCUCUACAUUGUUCCUUUGCAAGAGGAACUUGACCUAAGCCCACAGCCUGCUGAUGCCAAAGAGUUUGAAAAUAUGCCCAAAGCAGCUUGCAAGAAUUGCCAGAAAACACUCCCUCUGCAAGUAUUGGCUCUUCAUGUUGGUUCCUGCACCAUUACAUUGAGUUCAUCUGAGCAUGAAGAGGUAGCUGAUUCAGAAUGCCCUGUGUGCCAUGGAAGAUUCCCAUCUGAUGAUUUACCCCUGCAUGCAAGUUUCUGUGGAGAAAGUCCCGGAUCAAGCCCUGCACCUUGCAUUCUUUCGGACAUGAUGUUCUGUGAAGAAGACGUUCUGCAUUGGCUGGCGGCACAAAUUGACCACACAAAGGAAUUCCAGAUAUAUGUUGCCCGAGAGAACUUGGUGGAACGGGGUAUGAUGCUGUGGAAAACGUCAAACGAAAAGCUCGCCAAUCAAUCCCUUAAAAAUUACCUUCCUAGGGGAGCCUGGAAUUGAUACUGGAGCCUUGCGUGUUGAGUUUUUGACUGAGAUGAUUUCUGGCAUAGAAGACAGACUGUUUGAAGGGCAAGAAGGAAAAGGAAAAAUUCCCAAGUAUUCUUUAAACGAUCU